AUGCACAUCAUCGAUCUGAUACCUCCUGUAGUCGCCGUGAACGGUAGUAGUUUCGCCCUCAAUGGCCAUAACCUGUCCUAUCGCUUCCACGUCGAUGAACCCACCGGCGACCUGAGAUCAGACCACUUCGGCGCCCGCAUUUCAGGGUCUAUACCGGCAGACCCUGAGCCAGUCGUUGAUGGCUGGACGGGCAUGCCUGAUCGCGUCCGCUGUGAAUUCCCUGACCAAGGACGAGGUGACUUUCGCAUCCCGGCCUUUUGCAUUCGUCAGGCAGCAGGACAUACCAUCUCGGCGUUUCGAUAUCAGUCGCAUGAGGUUGUUCGUGGAAAGCAAGGCUUGAAUGGGCUUCCUGCAACUUUUGCUGGUGUUGACGAUGCGCAAACGGUUGUCGUUCGACUAUUCGAUGAGUAUAGUGACAUUGCUGCCGCGUUGAGAUAUACCGUCUUUCCCAGGUAUAAUGCGAUCGUGCGUAGUGCGAGUAUUACCAAUUCUAGCACGGAGCAAAUAACCGUUGAGUCUCUCGCAAGCAUGAGCGUUGACCUGCCCUUUGAGGAACUGCAGAUGCUCGGGCUGCGCGGUGACUGGGCCAGGGAGGCGCAUCGGCAGAGACGACCGGUGGACUACGGCGUGCAGAGCUUUGGCAGCACGACUGGCUUCUCGUCCCAUCUCCAUAACCCGUUUGUCGCCCUGGUGCAUCCCUCUACCACGGAGUCGCAGGGUGAGGCAUGGGGCUUCUCGCUGGUCUACUCCGGCUCCUUUUCCAUCCAGGUUGAGAAGGGGUCGCAGGGAUUGACGCGCGUGUCGGUCGGACCGAACCAGCUGUCCUGGAAGCUUGCGCCGGGAGAAACCCUGACCUCGCCUGAGUGCGUCGCUGUCUAUUCGGCAGACGGUGUAGGGGGGAUGUCGCGCUCUCUGCAUCGGCUGUACAGGAACCAUUUGAUCCGUAGCAAAUUUGCGACCGAUGAUCGCCCGGUGCUGUUAAAUAGCUGGGAGGGCCUUUAUUUCGACAUUGAUCAUGACCGAAUGUGCCGCCUUGGACAAGAAUCUGCGGCAUUGGGCGUGAAACUGCUGGUCAUGGAUGAUGGCUGGUUCGGGCAGAAAUACCCACGAACAUCUGACGCUGCAGGACUUGGAGACUGGAUUCCUAAUCCUGAUCGGUUUCCCGAUGGCCUCGCACAGCUGGUAGACAAAAUCACCUCUCUCAAGGUUGCCAACUCGUCGACGACCCUGCGCUUCGGCAUCUGGGUGGAACCGGAGAUGGUGAACCCUCAGUCCACUCUGUACCAGGAACAUCCAGACUGGGUGCUCCAUGCCGGCGGAUAUCCACGGACAGAGCAGCGGAACCAGCUUGUGCUGGAUCUGGGUCUGGCAGAGGUGCAGGAGUUUAUUAUAAACGCAAUAUCGGACCUCCUCAACAGCGCUGAUAUCACGUACGUGAAGUGGGAUCACAACCGGGGUAUGGCUGAGACGCCCUCGCCUAGCGCAACCCAUGCAUACAUGCUGGGAAUGUACCGCGUAUUUGAUGUUCUCACUACUCGCUUCCCCAACGUCCUCUGGGAGGGCUGUGCAUCUGGUGGUGGUCGGUUCGACCCAGGAAUCUUGCAGUACUUCCCGCAGGUGUGGACAUCAGAUAAUAGUGACGCUGUCGAGCGCAUCUUCAUUCAGUUUGGCACCUCGCUCGCCUACCCUCCUAGUACAAUGGGUGCCCAUGUAUCCAGUGUACCGAACCACCAGACAGGGCGGACUACACCAUUAAGCUUCCGUGCCCACGUCGCCAUGAUGGGCGGGUCGUUUGGUCUCGAGCUUGAUCCGAGCCAGAUUACUGACGACGAGAAGAAGGCCAUUCCCGGGCUGAUUUCCCUGGCGGAGAAGGUGAAUUCGAUCAUUCUCAAAGGCGAUAUGUGGCGAUUGACUCUGCCUGAAGAGUCUAAUUGGCCUGCAGCCUUGUUUGUUUCGGAAAGCAAAGCCCAGGCGGUAUUGUUUCUCUUUCAACUCGCCCCGAAUGUCAACCAUACCGUGCCCCGGGUCAAAUUGCAGGGGCUGCAGAGUGAAGCGAUGUAUCGUGUUGAUGGUGAUGGGCCUUUUGCGGGCUCGAUGCUGAUGAAUCUGGGCCUGCAGUAUUCCUUUAAGGCGGAGUAUGCUAGUAGGGUUGUGCUCAUAGAGGCAGUAGAUUUUUAA